GCGGCGGAGGCUCGGCCGCCAUGCAGCCCCCCCCGCGCGCCCCCCCCGCGCUGCUGCCGGGGCUGCUGCUGCUCUGGGCCGCCGGACACGGGCGGUGCCAGGAGGUCCAAGCUGAGAACGUGACGGUGCUGGAGGGUGGCACUGCCGAGAUCACCUGUCACCUGCACAGGUACGACGGCUCCAUCGUGGUCAUCCAGAACCCCGCCCGGCAGACGCUGUUCUUCAACGGCACCCGAGCGCUGAAGGACGAGCGCUUCGAGCUGGCCGAGUUCAGCCGGCGGCGGCUGCGGCUGCGCCUGGCGCGGGCCCGGCUGGAGGACGAGGGCGGCUACUUCUGCCAGCUGUACGCCGACGACACGCACCACCAGAUCGCCACGCUGACCGUGCUGGUGCCCCCCGAGCCGCCGUUGGUCGAGGCGGGGGCGCUGGCGGUGGAGGGGGAGGAGCUCGAGCUCACCUGCCUCGUGCCCCGGGCGCGGCCAAUGGCGACGCUGCGCUGGUACCGCGACCGCCGCGAGCUGCCAGGGCGCAGCAGCCACCGGCAGGAGGGCAAGGUGUUCUGGCAGCGCUCGGUGCUGCACCUGCGGCCGGAGCGGCGCGACCACGGCGCCAUCGUCACCUGCGAGGCCACGCACCCCGCCCUGGGGCGGGGCCAGCGGCGGCAGACCCAGUACCAGCUGGACGUGCAGUACCCGCCCUCGGUGCGGAUCCACCCCUCGCAGAGCGUCCUGCGCGAAGGCGACACCUUGGUGCUCACCUGUGCCAUCAACGGCAACCCCCGCCCCACGGAGGUGGCCUGGACCGCGGGGAACGAGUCGCUGCCGCCGCGGGCGCGCGCCGAGGGCGAGCGGCUGACGCUGCCGGCGCUGGCACCGCAGGACAACGGCACCUACACCUGCCAGGUGGGCAACGCCCACGGCCGCGCCCACGACACCUACGUGCUGGUGGUGUACGACCCGGGCGCGGUGGUGGCGGCGCAGGGGGCGGGGCCGUUCGCCGUGGUGGGCGGGGCCUUGGCGCUGCUGGUGUUCCUGCUCCUCCUCCUGCUCGGGGCCCUGGUCUGGUGCUCCGUGCGGCAGAAAGGCUCGUACCUGACGCACGAGGCCAGCGCCCUGGAGGACCAGGGGGAGGCGCGCGAGGCCUUCCUGGGGGGGGAGGGGGGGAAGCGCAAGGAGGAAUUCUUCAUCUGA